CCUCUGCCUGGGCCACUCGCCCGCUCUCCUUCCACUGGGACCAGGCCAGCAUGAGGGGCGCCGCGUGGGUCCUGCUCGCCACCUUCGUGGCCGCCUGCCUGGCCGGACAAGGGGGUCCUCACGCCAGGAAGAGCAAAGAGCCCCCGCUGGGGCCGGGGUGGCGGAGGGCGGAGGGGCCGCGCCCGGGCCUGGAGACCCGGUUCCUGCUCUUCUGGGACCGGGCGGAGGACGUGGGCGGCUGCUGCCUGGUGGAGUUCCCGGCCCCGGACACCCUGCGCUCCUGCCGCUUCAACGCCUCCUUCCCGCUGGUGAUGAUCGUCCACGGCUGGUCGGUGGACGGGAGGCUCGAGGGCUGGAUCUGGAAGCUGGCCGAGGCGCUGAAGGCGCACCAGCCGCACACCAACGUGGUCAUCGCCGACUGGCUGUCUCUGGCGCACGCGCAUUACCCCAUCGCGGUGCAGAACACGCGGGACAUCGGGCAGGAGAUCGCCCAGUUCCUCAAGUGGCUGGAGGAAUCUGUGGGGUUUUCCCGAAGCAACGCUCACCUGAUCGGCUACAGCCUUGGAGCCCAUGUGGCGGGAUUUGCCGGAAGCUCAAUCGGCGGCGCAAAGAAGAUCGGGCGCAUCACAGGCCUGGACCCGGCGGGGCCGCUCUUUGAGGGCAUGUCGGCCACGGACCGGCUCUCUCCGGACGACGCGGAGUUUGUGGACGCGGUGCACACCUUCACCCAGCAGCAGAUGGGCCUGAGCGUGGGCAUCGCGCAGCCCGUGGCGCACUUCGACUUCUACCCCAACGGAGGGGCCUUCCAGCCCGGGUGCCACUUCCGCCACGUCUACAGCCACAUCGUCCAGUACGGCAUCACCGGCCUGGCGCAGACGGUGAAGUGCGCCCACGAGCGCUCGGUGCACCUCUUCAUCGACUCCUUGCGCCACGAGGACAAGCGCAUGACGGGCUUCUGGUGCAAGGACAUGCAGACCUUCGACAAGGGCCGCUGCCUCCGCUGCCGGGGCCACCGCUGCAACACCCUGGGCUUCCACGUCCGCAAGGCCCGGCUGCCCGAGAGCAGGAGGCUCUUCCUCAAGACCCAGGCCAGGGAGCCCUUCAAAGUCUAUCACUACCAGUUCAAGAUCCAUUUCGUGAACGAGUUCCGCCCAAAGCAGAUCGACCCGACGUUCACCAUUUCUCUGACGGGGAGCAGGGGAGACGUGGAAGACCUCUCCAUCACCCUGGUCGAGGGCAUCACGGGGAACAAGACCUACACGUUCCUGGUGCCGCUGGAGACGGACCUCGGGGAGCUGAUGAUGAUCAAGCUGAAGUGGGAGGGGAUCGCCAUCUGGGAGAACAUCUGGAACACCGUCCAGACCAUCAUCCCCUGGGGCAAAGGCGACCGCCGGGCGGGCCUCAUCGUCAAGACCAUCCGGGUCAAGGCGGGGGAGACGCAGCAGAAGAUGACCUUCUGUUCGCAAACGGUGGACGAUUUGCGCCUGUAUCCCGGCCAGGAGAAGAUGUUCGUCCGGUGCGAGCAGCUCCGCAAGGCCCAGAGAUAAGGCCGAAUCCGCCAAGAGCCCUUCCAAGCCUUGGCCUUCUCCUCUUUUUUGUUAUUUCUUUCCAUAAGCAGACAUGGGAAAGGUAUAGGUAUCCAAACGUACAAGGACCAAUGUCUAUCCAAGAAAAGUCUGAUUCAGGAGAAAUAAAGCAACUUAAAAAGA